CAAGCAAGAUGGAUUCCUCGCAAUGGGUCUCGAUUCAUAUCAGAGACCGCCUGGAGAAGGGCGAGAUCUCUAUCAAGGACUCCUUUCUAUAUGAAGGAUCCUUCCACUCCCCAACUGACAAAACCCUCCCGCUCACCGAAACCGACAUCGACGCCCUCACCAUCCCCUCUUACGGCAUCGGCGAGGUCUGCGCUCGCGGCCGCCGCGGCAGCGAAGGCUGGAUGGACUUGUUUCAUGGUGAGGACAAGAUCUGUGAAUUGCAUUGGGAUAAUCGUGACAAGAAACCGGUUAAUCGGUUUGAGGUGUCGGGGGUUGAUAGCAAGUAUAGGAUUGAGUGUAGUGGAUGGAGUCCGAGGGCUGGACCGUUGGGACAUGUUUUUAUUGAUAUUGAAGAGGCCAAGGCUGCUGCUAAGGAGGAGGGUGCUUGAGGAUGAGACAUCUCGGUUC